AUGAAAAUUCAUACUCAAAAGAUAUCUUCACAUUACAAAACUGAUAAUCUCAAUAAUAAUAAGACUUUUUGUAAUGGUCAUCAAUUCAAUCAGACUUUGAAUUCAUUCUAAUUCAAGUAUUCUCAAAUUAAAGAAAUAGAUGAGAAUCUAUUAUUCACUAAUUAUAACCUUGAUUUCGGAAACCAUACCUAGGAUAUGACGAAAAAAGGGUUGUUUAAUUUAGAGAUCUCAAAAGAUCAAAACAAUUAGUAAACAAGAAAAUAGUAUAACAGAAGGAGAGUAAAUACAUCAUAUUUUGUUUAUCCUAUUGAAAAUAAUAGGAAUCUAUAAAGUUAAAAUACGAGGGAUAAUAAAAGGGAAUCUAGACAGUUUUAUCGUGUUUAAAUCCCAGAUACAAUGAAAAUUCCAUUCUUAAACAAAAAAAAUAGACUUAUCAAACAUUAAUUAUAAUAAUUAUAAAAUCGUUAACAAGUAGAAUACGAUGAUAUUAGAAUUGCAAGCAGAAUCUCGUUUCAUACUAAAACAAAAUCUAAUUAAAAAAAAAGGAUAAAUCCAAACGUUAAUGAAUAAUUACAAAUAAUUGUAGAUGAACAUUAAUCAUCUGAUUUUUCAUUUAUUAAUGGAUGGGAAUGA